AUGUUGGUCCCUCUGCUCUUCCUCUUUCUGCUCAUCUCGGUACCCUUGCUGGGUCUGCUGUUCUUGUUUCUAUGGGUCGCCUUGUAUAGAGCGCCUUCGACGACGCGCAAAUCUAGCUUGGGCAGGAGUGCAGCAGUGGUGGUGUUGGGAGACAUUGGUCGCAGUCCGCGGAUGUGCAAUCAUGUGGACAGUCUGGCAAACGAGGGCUGGAGAGUCGCCGUUGUCGGUUAUGCUGGUGAGUGCCGAUGCAUCCUGUCCCGCUCAGCACCAGCAGCGCGCGCUCAAGUAUUCACCGCUCACUGGAACCUGUGCAGGCGUCGCUGUCCCUGCAAACCUGAGGAGAUCAUCCAUAAAACAUCACCAUCUGGCAACUCCACCUGCUUACAUAGCGAGGCUACCGAGGCUGUUGUUUGCGUUUGUUGCGCCUUUCAAGGUGCUAUGGCAGAGCGCUGUCCUUUUCCUCGAGCUUACAACCCAAGUGCAGCCACCUCCUGAGCUCUUGCUUGUCCAGGUGAGCCUUUCUUGAGAAAAUCGCGCGUCUUCUCUUUGUCCUGAUCUUCACUCACCUCAUCUCAUGGAUGAAUGUGAUAUACUAACUUCCGUCAUCCACUGCUCUCAUCUGCAGACACCACCGGCAUUGCCAACGCUAUUCGUCGUCAGAGUCGCCUCGCUCCUACUGCGGUCAAGGGUGAUCAUCGAUUGGCACAACCUCGGCUACACCAUUCUCGCCUUGCGCAUGGGCGCCAAGUCUCCCCUCGUCGCCCUUGCGCGUCACUUGGAGAGGCUUACGGGGAGAAAUGCGUACGCACACCUCUUUGUCACCCACGCCAUGCGCACACGGCUCACGCAAGAGUGGGCAUUAAAGGGAAAGAAGCUGACAUUGUAUGACCGACCGCCGGCUCAUUUUCGAAAGAGGGACCCGGAAGAGACGCAUCGGCUUUGGACCACGCUCGCGCCUACGAUCAGCCCAUCCUGCGACGACUUCUGGCCUGCUCAUAGCUUGCCACGGACAACGCCUUUCACUUCCAAGAGCGGACCCUCAGUUAAGGAGACCGCGAGAGAGGAGACAGCUGCCGCCGCGCUUGUAACUCAGCGCUCACCUGAGGCGGCUUCUUCCCCAGAGUCGCUGCUCAGGGACGACAGGCCCGCUCUCGUGGUGAGCUCCACCUCCUGGACAGCCGAUGAGGACUUUUCCAUCUUGCUCAAGGCCGCUGGCAUUUAUGAGCGUCGAGCGCGACAACUGGUUGCGGUAGCAGAGGCUAACCAGACAUCUGCCUCCUCACCCACUUUGGAGGAGCCCAUCGCCAGCGGCGACGCCUUUGAUAGAGCUCGAAGGAGGCUCUCUUCUUCAAGCCAUCGUGCAACCGGCUCGGGCUCGGGCUCUGUCGAGUAUGCCAGCUCCACCUCUGGUUCUAUGCGAGAGAAGAGCAGGAAGCGAGCUUCCGUCUCGGCUGAAGAAGCCUUUGGACCUACUCGUCUGCCUAAUGAGCCAGCUGAGAUGCUGCCCAAAGUAUUGAUCCUUGUGACGGGGAAGGGAGAGCUUCGCGCACAAUACGAGCAAGAGGUUGCCAGGCUCGAAUCCGCUGAAGAAUGGAAGUGGGUGCGCAUCAGGACGGUGUGGUUGGAGGCUGCAGACUAUCCGGUACUUCUGGGUGAGUCAGGCGGGCAGAGAAUGGACGACGCAACCACAAACCGCGCUCAGAAGCGGCUAAUAAGCGCUCCCUUCGAAUAGGCUCUGCGGACGUUGGCGUAUCUCUGCACGCAUCUUCGUCUGCUCUAGAUCUACCAAUGAAGGUUGUCGACAUGCUGGGCUGCGACUUGCCGGUCUGCGCGCUUGACUUUCCGUGCCUGGACGAGCUGGUCAAGGAUCGUCGCAACGGUCUGACAUUUCGAACAGCAGAAGAGCUGGCUCGUCAACUGGAAAGUCUACUGAGCAAGCACCCAGAACGGAGCUGGCUGGCUGCUGAGCUCGAGAAAUUACCCUCGCCAUUCGAAGUCCCUUUGCCCGGUGCAGAUGCUUUGGCGAGUGCGACUUCUCCCAACGGUCGGGGUAGCGAAAGGAUCCCUUCGCCCCCUCCCUCGCCCUUCAGUCCAACAGAUCCCGCCACUUUCACUAUGAUGCCUUCGCCUGUGCUAGGUCGCGGCCUCAAGUCGUGGGAAUACCCACGAUCUGCACCAAAUUCGGUUGCAAAUGCAGCUUUAUCUCCCGUCGAGAGUCAGAGACAGCCGCCUCUGAUCCAGACGAAACGCUCCACAUCGACUUGGUCAGGCAAUUGGAAACGACACGUUCGACCUUUGCUAGCUACUGAUCCGGACGAUACCUUCCAUUCGGACUCGGAGCAAGAUUCCCCCAAUGAGGCCUCCUCUUCGGGCCGAUCGAGCUUCGAGGGAGGCAAGCGUAUCUCCCGCGUUCUCUCUGGCCAAGGACACAAUAGGACCGGUACCCUCACGUCAAGCCUCUUCAACGCGCAAAGCUCGAACGCGGCUGCGCGCAAUCAAGCGCACUCAAGGAAUCGGGUCAGAGCUCAGCCUCGCGGUUGGCUUUCGACAAUGACCCUAGGCCUGGUCGGCUCGCAUGAUCGUAAUUUGGCACAGCACCACCCAGGCGUGAAGUCAUCUACUUCGCCAAGAAAUAGUGGCGAAAUUGACAGAGAAUGGACGCAAGAGGACGACGAGGACGAGAGAACUCGAAUGAGUCAGCUUGGUCUUCGAGACGCGACCCAAGCGGGGGUGAGCGAUCUGAGACAUCGACGCAAGAAUGCGCCAUUAUACAGCGGCAGCGGAGGUGGAUCUGCUGACCCAAAAAGGCAGGACAGUCUUGGAUUGCCAUUGCCCGAGCCCAGCGUUUCGGCCAACGAGACCGCGGCGUCUGGACUCUCUAGGGCACAUUCUAUACCAGAUAUUCAGGUGUCAGAGCAUGCUCCUACGUGA